AUGUACAUUGAUGUAAAAAUCAAUGGGAAGCCAAUCAGGGCUAUGGUGGAUACUGGUGCUACCCACAAUUAUCCUGCAUGUACCGAAGUAGAGCGGCUCGGACUUGUUCUAGAAAAGGGUAGUGGAAAAGUCAAAGCAAUCAACGCCGCUGCUCAACCAAUAGCUGGAGUGGCGAAAUCGAUGUUAAUCAAAGAGAUCAAAGAAGCAAAUGGUCCUAUUCCAAAACCCGUUAAAAGGCUUAUUUGGGAAUUUGAGGAUAUCAUGCCGGAAGAAUUACCAAAGAAAUUACCACCAAGAAGGACGAUUGAUCAUGAGAUUGAACUUAUUCCAGGCGCCAAACCUCCCGCCAGGGUACCAUACCGUAUGUCUCAGCCUGAGCUUGAAGAGCUUAGGAAGCAAUUGGGGAAAAUGUUGGAGAGUGGAAUCAUUGUGCCUGCGAAGUCGCCAUACGAAACUCCUGUCCGGAUACUGGCAAGUUCGGAUCAAGAAGGGAGACGAAGCAAAAACUACGGUGGUAACCAGAUAUGGAGCCUUUGA